AUGUUUGGAAUGAAAGAUCGUUACUUUGGCCUCAGAGGAGGAUGGCUGACCUUUGCAGUGACUGUUGCGUGUGCAACCGACAUGACCUUAUUCGGCUACGAUCAGGGUGUUUUCGGAGGCGUCAUUGUCACGAAGGACUUCCUUGAGACUCUCGGGAUAGAGACCAACAAGAGCAUGCAGGGCACUGUCACUGCCAUUUACGACAUCGGUUGCUUCUUCGGCGCCAUUGCAGCAUACUUCAUAGGCGACAUGAUUGGACGCAAGAAGACGAUCCUGAUAGGAACAACGAUCAUGAGUGUCGGCGCUAUCUUACAGAUCACCGCGUACAGCGUACCUCAUAUGAUCGUCGGACGCAUCGUGGCGGGCAUCGGGAACGGCUUGAACACAUCGACAGCGCCACCAUGGCAGGCCGAGACUUCUAAGGCGGCUUGGAGAGGCAAGCUGAUCGUCAUUGAGCUGAUCAUGAACAUUGCAGGCUUCAGCCUCUCCAAUUGGGUGACCUACGGCUUCUCUUUCCUCGGAGGCGGAUUGGCCUGGAGAGUCCCGCUGGCACUUCAGUUCAUUUUCAUAGUCAUUCUAUACGCCACGGUUCCAUGGCUACCGGAGUCACCAAGAUGGCUUGUUCAGAAGGACCGAGUCGAAGAAGCUGAGCUGAUUCUUGCCGACAUCGAAGGCACAUCGAUCGAAGACCCAUACGUACAGACCGAGCUGGCAGAGAUCAAGUUCUCAACCGCCUACGAGAGGGAGCAUUCAGUUCGGAUCCGGGACCUACUUAUGGGCAAGAAGAACACUUCCGCCGCAGGGACAGCAACGCUUCGCCGAUUGUUUCUCGGCAUGGGCGCUCAGGCUAUGCAACAACUUUCAGGCAUCAACGUCACUUCUUACUACUUGCCCACGGUCCUGAUCGAAUCCGUCGGCUUUGGCGAAACCAUGGCCAGAUUGCUCGCCGCUUGCAACAGUGUCAGCUAUCUCCUCUUCUCGCUCAUCGGUAUCCCGAAUGUCGAAAGAUGGGGUCGCCGAAAGAUGCUCAUGUACGCCGCUGCCGGACAAGGCUUUUGCUAUCUCAUGAUCACAAUCCUUCUGGCACUCAGUGAUAAGCCGGGCUUUGCACAUGCCAGCGAGGUCGCUAGCGCGAGUGUGGCGUUCUUCUUUUUGUACUACGUCUUCUUCGGCAUUGGAUUCCAGGGCGUGCCUUGGCUGUUGCCCUCUGAGAUCAACGGCUUGGCGAUGCGGAAUAAGGGAGCCGCUUUGGGCACAGCAACUAAUUGGAUCUUCAACUUCAUGGUCGUCGAAAUCACCCCGAUUGGCAUCCAAAACCUCGGCUGGAAGUUUUACAUCGUCUGGCUAGUGAUGAACAUGAGCUUCGUACCGUUCGUCUACUUCUUCUAUCCGGAGACCGCCGGCCGCACUCUGGAAGACCUCGACCGAUACUUCGCCUCGCCCGCAGGCAAGAAGGUCUUCGUUCACCGCGAUAAGGUUGCGACAUCAUCCAAGCGACCUCUGGAGUACAUUGAGCGGGAGGAGAACCAGAUUCGCCGAGCUUCAUCUGUCAACCCACGUGCGGCAAGCCUGGCUGCGGCACACAAUCGUUCUCACUCGAUCGACUUUACUGCGGGCAAUACCGAUGCGGAGAAACAGUCGAUGUAUGGAAAGGAGAAUAUUUAG